UUAUUGAUAAACGUUGUUCAUACCCAUUGUAUGCAAUUCUGGAAAACAGUUUACGUGCAGACGUAUGUAGAUACAUGAGCAUCAAGUAUGAGGAAUUAAAUUGGAUCAGCAGUUGUGGGAAGUAACUAAUUGCUUUACAAAUAUAAAUAUGACAAAUAAUCAUAAUAAGCUGCUAGAGAUUGUCAGAGCUAAGUGAGAACAGAAACGUGUUUAAGAAAUAAGAACGGCCGUAGUGAUGCUUCAGCUGCGCCAUCUGCUGGUGAUGUCGCGUCUGGGCACAGGCGGCACCGGCGUCGGCACCGGAAGUUGCACGCUCGACUGUUCCGGACGCGGCGAGUGCCACAACGGCACGUGCAUGUGCGACAUCCGGUUCACGGGCGAGUUGUGCGACGGGCCUAACCUGCCUUAUCAUGCGGGCAUCGGCGGUGUUUUCUGUGUCAUUGGCCUUGUCUGCGCUGUACAACUAGUGAUGUGCAUAGUCUCUGAGUACACAAGGCUUAAAGCUCCCACUUGGCUGAAAGCUUGCAAAGUCACCACUCAGAAGCUGAUCUACUUUGUCAUGUGCAUUGCAAGUUUGUUGAGAGGUGCUUACUUCAUUUUUCCUGAAUCAUUUGAAAGAGGUUGGUCGAGUAGCUUACUAUCUGCUUAUUAUCCAUUGCUGAUGUCCAGUGCAUCACUGAUUGUCUGUUUUUGGGCUGAGGUGUUCCACUUGCAAGGCAUAAGUUGGGAACGUCCCCAGUUCCUCUCCAAAUCGUUCCUGGGCUUCAUCACGUUCAACAUAAUAAGUUACAGUCUACUGUUCGCCGAGUUCAUCACCACUCAGUUAGCUAGUCCACCGCCUGAUGACCCCAGUUUCUACCAUCACCUGUUCAACGGUUGCUAUGCAGUGCUCAUGUUUAUCGUGGUCGUGUUUUUCCUGAUCUAUGGCGUCGAGGUAUACUUUAAGGUGAGGGGCGGUUUCGUGACGAAACCGUUGCAGCUGGCCUCAGGCGGAGUAGUGGGGGGCGUUGGUAGUGGCGGGGAGAACACCAUCAACGAAGUACAGCCUCUGCGGGCGGACGCGGCUGCCGAUUUUCCCAAGGCUUACAUCAACGUCUCUCAGUUGCACCAGUCGAGGAUCGGCUUGCUCAGCCAGGCGUUCAUGCUCAUCAUCAUUGCUGGGUUCCUGUUCUCGGAGACGCUGUCGGAGUUCUGGAAGACCAAGGUUCCGAUAAACUCCCGCAAUCUGCACGACAUAAUUUUCCGCGUGGUCGAAAUCGGAGUAACUUUGUGGUUCCCGGCCGUGCUGUGGAACUGUAUGCAACCCUCUGAGCUAUGGAUCCUCAACCCUAGAAAGCUUCUUGCCAAGUUAGACCAACCCAAGGGCCAGGGAGAGUGCACGGUAGACGGCGCCACACUACCAAAGGUUGAUACAGAUGAUGAAGCAUUCUUAGACAAGAGAGAAUGCUGGAUUUGUUACGAUAAUGAUAAAAAGGAGCCUCUGAUUCAACCCUGCGAUUGUACGGGAGACGUUUCAAGCGUUCAUCAUGAGUGUCUCAGAAGAUGGUUGAUGGAAAGCGCGAGCACCUCCUCCACCGAUCAGCUGAGAUGCGCCGUUUGCCGAUGCGCGUACGACGUGCGUACCGGCGCGCAACUGAAGUGGGAACGCGGCUUCACGGCCCGUCAUUGGUUGGGCACAGCAUGCGUAGCGACCUGCAUGUGCUCAGCGGUUGCGGGCGCGUGGAUCGUCAUACAGAUGUACGAGAACUCUUACGCGAGGAUGGCUAGCGCUGGCGGCGCGCUGUUGGUUGUCUACAUUUGCAUUAGAUUCCUCGGCCAAAACACGCUGUCCGCUUAUCAGCGCGCCAAAAUUGCCGCGCUGGACAUCAACGGCCACGUGAAGACAAUCAGCGAGGACGUGAACAUCGGCAACACCGCAGUCGCGGAACAACCCGCUCAACAGGCAACAAGUGAGUCGAGGGCGGAGAUGCAAACCGCUUUGUAAGCAAUACGCUUGGAUUCCGCGGUUCGGUUACGUACACGCGCAGUACGUGCGGGUGGGGCGGUGCGAGUGUUGCAGCGUUGCCAAGUGUCGCACGGUGUCGUAUAUGUUGGGGAAAGUGGCUAUGUGACGUUGAGAAGAAAUGCUUGGGUAUGCAAGUGGUCGUGUCGUUUAAUAUCGAUAAUAAUUGAAGUGUCGGGCAAUUUGGGCGUGCUUUAUGGUUGUGUUUGUAAAUUGGACUGCUUGUGACGCGCAUUAACUGGCCAAUAAAAUUUACAAAAAAAUUCUUUUAACCUCGGUUUUUAGAGUGUUUGUCUAAGCUUGGGCGUCAGUAAAAUUGUUUUUCGAUAUAAACAUGCUCAAUUUUAGUUAUUGACCAGCCAAAACGCGUCGAGUCAAAGGCAACCGUACUAUAAUUAGUUUUACAGUAGCACGUCUCCCUUUUUGUAUACUAUUUUUCACGAGAUUUCAUCACGUUUCGGUAUCUAUUGAGAUUAGCAGCUGCUCAACCGACAUCUUUGUAUUAAGUCUGAUUUGUUAGCAAUCAUGAAUCUGGAGCGUAUUCAGAACCAUUUGCACCAAAUAUCCAUAAAAAUUCAUUUUCAUAUAAAUACCUUCACUGACCGGAGAAUUCGACAAUAUACUAAGUAUCUCUUGAUACAACCCUUUUCAGAGAUCUGGCAAAGUUGUAUGUCACUUGAUGAUGUGGGGUGUUUUGAAUCUCACUAGAUAAUCAUAUCAGAAACAGGCGGAGAUACAUACCUUUGAUCAGAAUUUUAACGCGGCGCUACCCACCACGACGAAAUGUGGGUGCUUUUGGAGAAUCUCGGGCAAGAAAGGCCGAAACCGAGCUUUCCUGCUUGAGAGUGGUUAUAAAAGCUUUUCCCUGUAUAGAAAAAAGGUCUUAUUUGUUGAGACGUUUUGUCCUGAUGAAGUAUCUUGAAAAAUAGUAUAGACCGUUAAUAACGUAUGAAAAAAUUCCAAACUACGUACAUACCCAGGUGUUUACUUUAUGAACGCGUGCUUGUGUUUGGUGGUGUUAAGACUGAGAAAUAAUCUUCGGGUAUUCUUCUAAGAGGCCCAUUAUCCAUCAAAUGCUAGUUUAUUAUUGUGUACUAUAUAAUUCCUACAGAAAAUACUUGAAUUCCUGAAACCUUGAUGUUUUAUGUAAGGACUGAUGUUGUAUGUUCAGGUGGGCAACAAAAAAUUGCGUGACUUUCUUUCUAUGUUAUGGAAGAUUGGGACAAAUUGCAAUCAUGCAGUGUGUUAGUGAGCUCAGGUGUCUUAUAAAGAUCUAAAAGUCUGGACGAACCUGAGUAACUUUUCCAUUUUUCUAACAUACAAAGAACGUAGUGCAAUUUUUUGCCUCUAGUUGCACAAGUUUGUGUAUAUCAUGGACUAUAUGAUUUAUAGGCUGUAUUUUUACAGCCGUAAUAAUAUAAAAAGAGUAUUAUUUUAUCAAUUUAUAUUUAGCAAAUAUAAAACAACCUAGAGUUGAAUCUUAUCGGAAGAAAACCGUAUACGCGUUACUGUGUCAAAAUAAUCGAGAUGCGAAAACAUUAAUUUAUUGUCAGAAAGAUAAUGUGAUGCUACAGGUGUCGGCAUAUCAUUUCAAUCCUAUUAAGUGUGUUUUAGCUCAAAAUGCUUCAACCACAUGGGGCGACAAAUAAAAGCAGUAGAUAACAGAUUACGCUUGGGUUCUGUUUACCGCUAAAAUUUGAUACCUCAAAUAGCUGUCUUAUUUCGAUAGAUCUCAUACCUUGGAUAGAGGAUAGUUGCUAUGCUUUUGUUUGUUGUAUCCACCUGAAUCCAAGCCUAGGCUAUGCCGACGGCUCCCUGGUCUGGUGGCCUUGCAUUAGAACUGAGACAACUAAGGCCAAACUCAAUAAAAUUCAGCGUUUGGCCUGUAUUAGCAUUACAAGCGCACUGCGAACAACGCCAUUGAGUGCAAUGGAAGCUCUGUUGGAUCUCCCACCGUUGGAUCUGGUCAUCGACUGUGGAGUCAGGGCAGCUGGGCUUUCUUGAAUCCUGUCAAGGGGCAUACUGCCAUCUUAGUCGAAUUAGAAAGGGAGGACCCUGCUCCAUUUUGCUGGUACUACAUGUUUUCCAGGUUAAAUUGUUGGAUUUGACGAGUCAGAAAGCUUUGCACCUUAUCACGGGAGCGCACUCCAGUCACUGUAAGAGAAUUAUCUGCAGCAUCUUCAAAGACAUAAAGUUCAAUGAGACCCCAUACCCAACAUCGCAAGAAACUGUGACUCGACGAGAAUGUCGUGGUCGUUGGAUGACACGAGGAUUCUUUUAAUGCCCAGAUACGACAAUUCUGCUUAUUAACAAAUCCGUUCAUAUCGAAAUGGGCUUCAUCGGUCAUCAGUUGUCGCUAAAAAUCGUUAUUUUGGGUAUUAAGCUGCAAUAUUCCAUGAUGUAUGUCACUAGGCUGUCUUUUUUUAAAAUAGUGCAAAAUGACGUGCGACGAAUACCCAGUUCUUGAGAACGAUGUCUGGUAGACGUCUCAGGGCGCUCCACUACUCUUUCACGAACUCUCUCGAUAUUUACCGGAGUACGAACAGUUCGAACACGGGCCAAGUGUGGUGUUGAAUCAGUCAGUUAUAUGCGCCAACAGUACUUUUUCCAGUAAUAAUGAUAGCAGGCAUCGCUAGGAUGUUGUUUUUGUAGGAUAGCAUUACCUUUCUGAUAUAUAAAAAUUGGCAUGUAAGCUCAUAGUAGAUCCUAAUGGACAGUAUACUUUGUCUUACGUGCUGGGCUAAUUUAGUUUUGAUUUUCGACAAGCUUGUUUAAAAUGCUGUGGUGCUUGGGUGCAUAACAAAAAAAGGUUCAAAAUUCUGAUAAAAUUUGUGUCAUGUCCCAAACUUUUGCUAGUUAUAUUCUGAAAAUUGUCUAGUAGUUUUAAGGAAAAUAUGGAGAUUUAUAGAAGCUCAGCACAGUAAGCAAAACAAUAUAAGAACAUACUCAAAGGACUCGCUAAUUUUUUGCAAAAAUGCCAAAUUAAAUAAUCUUACCUAUAUCUAUAUUAAGACAUCUAACGUUUGCCAAAUUCUCGCAAAUGUAAAUAUGUAAUGCUUCUCAGUAGAAAGCUGGGUAGUUUUUUACGGCGCUUCGCAUUCGUAUAGCGCAAAAAUCAGUUCUGUGAUUACAUCUCGUAUCUUGAAGAGUUCUAGGAUAUUAACGAAAUAAUGAUGGGCAGAAAUGUUGUUAUAUUAUUUUAUGUUGUAUGGUAUUUGUUGGUCUUGUUUAUAAGGCUCAAAUUUGAAAUAAUGCAGGAGAUACAGGGGUUUGGUGUCAAACGGGCUAUACUUUGAAUAAUUUGACUACUUCAUGCUGAAGUAAGUGGUGAUAUUUGUUGAUUUUGUUUCAAAGUUGAUUUAAAAACAUGAAAAAUGUAGAAAAUUUCGUUUCACUAUUAACAAUUAAAAAAAAAACGAUAACUUAGGACAGGUGAUGAUGGUCACAUUAUGUUUAAAUUUUUCAUAAACUCAAUUUUCCGCUGAAUGCAGUUGUUUAUUUUUGCUUUUUGAUAUGGCAUACUUGAUACCAGAUUUCUUGUAUAAAUUAUAAAAUAAGGUGUGUAGUUAUAGAUUGUAUUGGCGAUAGGUAUUUUUGUCUACCGUACUUUUGGCUAAUUUGUAUUCUAUAUUAAAUGUUAUAUUCCACAAAUAUAAAUUAUCCCUUAGACUAGAAUCCUUGGCUAAUACAAAGUGUAAGUUGUGAUAUUGACGUAUGAAGUAAAAUAUUUGAUGAGAAUA